AUGAACAAAGUCAUUUUGCUCAAAAACAAAACUAUUCCCAUUGACCAUUAUGACACGAUUUUCCGGACUGGUGGCUACGAACCUGUUUUUUUACCAUUGAUCCAACAUACUCAUGUCUCUGAAGAAAUAUUGUACCUAUUGCAAGAUGAAGCUUACUUGAAAAAACUGGAUAUCAUAAUCAUAACUUCGCAACGUGCCGUUGAGUGCUUGAAUGAAAGUGUCAUUCCGCAGCUUGACAAGUGCAGUACAGAAACUUUGUUCAACAAAACUUUAUACACAGUGGGACCUGCAACACAGAACUUUCUUGUAAGAAGUGGGUUUAAAAGAGUUCACGGUGGUGCAAGCACUGGAAAUGGGAGUGCGUUGGCAGACCUGCUGAUAAGUGACCUGUACAAAUCAAAUUUAGAUCCCAAAUCCUGCAAGGUUUUGUUUCUUGUAGGCGAGACCAGGCGAGACAUUAUUCCUAAGAAGUUGAACAAAGAAGGGAUCGAAGUUGAAGAAAUUGUGACUUAUAAGACUGAGACACUUUUAGACAAUGUAAUUCGGUUCAAAAAAGAAUUUGAAUCAAUUGAUUGGGUUGCGUUUUUCAGUCCUCAAGGAACAGAGGGAAUUGUCGAAUAUUUACGGUCUAAAGGGAACCCUAGUGUGGCAAGCAUAGGUCCCACAACAGAAACAUAUUUACAGUCUAAAGGAUUGAAACCAACGGUAGUAAGCGAAAAACCAGAUGCAACUUCUCUUUUGUCUAGUAUCAACGAAGCCAGAAAGAAAAUGUCCUCAUGA